AGCUAGAUAGCUGUUAAGCUAAUGAAAACCUUGCAGCGUUCACGUCUCCUGGAACAUUCAACUAGCUAGGUGGGUGUAGUUUUGUCUAGCUAAUUAGUUAGUAUUAUAGCUGAAUAGUUUGACGCAGCUAACGUUAGCUAACUUAAAUGGUUAGCGACGGCAGGUAGCUACGUUAGCUGACAACUCAUGAGUGGCUGUAUUGAUUGAUUUGCGUGCUAAAACGAUGGCAAGAACGUGAUUAGAAAAUAGAGCUAAAAGUAAUGUAGUCCUUGUCGUAUAAUGAUAACUAUGUCUGCUAGUUAGUCAUAUACAAGCACUGGGAAAACAAGCGUUUGGCUAGGUAACAAAAUGUUGGCAGCAAGCUAUUAGAUUGAUAGCUGACAAGCAAGGUAAGUUGGGUGACAUUCUGUCAACUGUUCUAUUUCAAAUGUCAUUACAUUAGUAACCAAUUGUCAUGUAAUUAAAUGUUUUAUUCCUUGAACUUGAAGCAUGUCACUCAUUGCCGCAUGCAAUUUAGAGAUUUCUUUAAAGGCUAUACUUAUUUUUGUUAAAACGCACACUGUUCUCGUACAGUAGAAUAAUUGUGAGUCGAUCUUUUAACUGACAACUUUAUUUGACUUAAUGAAAUAAUACUUUUUGGGCAACCCGACCAAACUCGCAUAAAUAUUAAAAAUCUGUCAUUCUCAUUGAAAGUAAGUCUAAAAAGCUGUUAAAGUUUCGUUUUUGCAUAUUUUAUACUGAACAAAAAAUAUAAACGCAACGAUUUUACUGAGUUAAAGUUUAUAUAAGGAAAUCAGUCAAUUGAAAUAGAUUUAAGUAGGCCCUAAUCUAUGGAUUUCACAUGACUGGGCAGGGGCGUGGCAAUGGGUGGGUCUGGGAGGGCAGGGGCCAAUCUGGGAGCCAGGUCCAACCAAUCUGAAAGAGUUUCUCCCCACAAAAGUGCUUUAUUACAGACAGAAAUACUUAGGUCCGGGUGGCUGGUUUCAGACGAUCCCGUGGUUGAAGAAGACUGAUGCGUAAUUACUGGGCUGCCGUGGUUACACGUGGUCUGUGGAUGUGAGGCCGGUCGGGCGUACUGACAAAGUCUCUAAAACAACGUUUUUCUUAUGAUAGAGAAAUUAACAUUAAAUUCUCUGCCAACAGCUCUGGUGGACAUUCCUGCAGUUAGCAUGCCAAUUGCACGUUCCCUCAACUUGAGACAUUUGUGGUGUUGUGUGACAAAACGGCACAUCUUAGUGGCCUUUCUUUGUCCCCAGCACAAGCUGCACCUGUGUAAUGAUCAUGCUGUUUAAUUAGCUUCUUGAUAUUCCACACCUAUCAGGUGGAUGGAUUAGCUUGACAAAAGAGAAAUGCACACUAAUAGCGACGGAAACAAAUUUUUGCACCACAUUUGAGAAAUAAGCUUUUUGUGCGUAUGGAAAAUAUCUGGGAUCUUUUAUUUCAGCUCAUGAAACAUGGGACCAACACUUUACAUGUUGCAUUUUAUAUUGUUGUUUGGUAUAGUUUUGGUUUUGUACACCAGCUGUUAAUACAAUAUUUUUGGUUCUGGAAAAUGUAUUUCACAGCGGUUUAGAUGGUACAAUGAUUCUCUACACUAGCUUGUUUUGUCACAAACUGAAAUUAAGUGAACUAUUAGAAUUUUAGACCCCACCAACCAGGAAAUGGUGGGGAAAUUUCUGCGUAGUGCAUCAUUAAGCUAUAUUUUUAUGAUCUCCUCUUCAAUGUCUUUUUUUUAAAUCAAAUUAAAGUUUUAUUAAGUUUUCUUGUUUUUCAAUCAACCAACAAAACACAUUACACAUUCUCAGAUGUGACUGGCUUAAAAAAAAAAAAAGUCAAAAAAUAAUAAUACAUUUGAAAAAAUAAAUUAAAAUACAAUUAAAAUGAAUGAUAAAGUCAAAUAAAAACAUGUAUUUUUCUUAAUCUAUUUAUUUUCCUUGGUAUAUAUAUAUAUAUAUAUGUACACACACGUACACACAUACUCAUAAAUGAAAUUAAAAUAAAAACACAAAUAAAAACAUAACACUUGCAGCAGCACUAUCAAGGUUCUUAUCAGCUAUUUGAAGCAUUCACUGAGACGAUGAGCCAAUAAUUCAUUUUUAGGUUUUACAGUACCUUACACAACAUGUAUCUGCGCAUUUCCCUAGUCACCCCGUUCACUCUGUCCAGUUUGAAAUAUAGUGGAGACCAGAGUCUAUCAAACUUGGGCUGUCUCUUGUGGAGGUCAUAAGUGAGCUUUUUAAGAGGAAGAAAGUCAACAAUCUGGUCAAUCCACAUUUUAAAUGUAGGGGGGUAUUAGAGGCCCACAAUAGAAGAAUACAUUUCUUAGCAAAGUAUGUAAUAGUCAUAAGCAAAUUCUCUCUGUCAGGAUCAAGAACAAAGUCCUGCUGGGCAUUAAGAAGAUAGAUACACGGGGUCAUAUCAAACUGUACCUCUAGUAUUUUCUGUGCAGCAGUAUGUACAGAUUGCCAGAAUCUGGUAAUCUUUCUACAGCUCCAAAAUACAUGCAUAUAGGUUCCACUUUCAGAGGUACAUCUUUUACAGUUAGGAGACCUAUCUGUUUUCAUUCUAUGGAGUCUCAAAGGAGUAUAAUAAAAUUUGUACAUUAGAUUCAUUAGAUAAUUAGAUUCAUUUUUACAUUGGUAAAGGAGCAGUAUACCCUAUCGCAAACCUCCGCCCAUAACUCAUCACUGAUAGUCAGACCAAGGUCCUUUUCCCAGAUUAUUUUCAAAGGAGUAAAGGAGGAGCUUCCUUUCUCAGAAAGGAGUCUAUAGAUGUAAGAUAUUUUGCCUUUAAUGGAUUGUGCUGUGACAAGAAGGGUUUCAACUUCAUUCAACAGUUCUAAACCUCCUCUUGGAGGUAUAAAUUAGGAAAUUACAUGUCUAAUUUGAAGAUAUUAUUUUUUUUAAAUGGGAUCUUGGCACAUCGAAUUCACUGCAGAGCUCUUGAAAGGAUUUCAGUGUAGUGGUUUUCUGAUGAAAUAGGUCUGAAAAGGUCCUGAUUCCGAGAGUAUGCCAAAGAUUAAAGUUGGCAUCCCUCAGGGCUUUUGGCAAGUCUGGGUUGCCUACUAUAGGCGAGUGAGAACAUAUUUGGGAGGAAAUGCCCAGGUAUUUCUUACAGUCCCUCCACGCUAGUAGGGUGCUGUAAAUCACAAAUGUUUUGGCUAUGUUGCCCACUUCACUAAAGUUAUUAAUGAAUAUAAUUGAGCUUAAGGGCAAUGCACCACAGGAUUGGGCUUCUAUCUGAAUCCACGUUGACUCUUGUCUGUUUGUGAUCCAUGUUAGCAUGUUGCGGAUUUGGGCAGACCAGUAGUACAACUGAAGGGAGGGAAGGGCAAGACCACCCUUAGAUUCAGGUUUCGAUAGAGUGGAAAACUUGAUCCUAGGUUUUUUAUUGCCCCAUAUAAAUUUGGUCAUGCUUUGAUUCUCUUCAAUGUCUUGUCCAAGGAAUGUGACUUAUGCAAUAGGUAUUAGUCCUAGCCUACUCCUCCGUGUCUCUGCAGCCUGCCUUCUGGAAAAAUGUCCCAAAGUGAAAAAUCUUCAGUUCUUGGAAAUGUUCCUCUUUCAGUUUGAAAGGAAACCCCUGCCAAACAAAGCACAUUCUUAAAGCUGGAGGUUCCCUCAGCACUAGCCCUUGGUCAUGACACUCAGUUCCAUUAUAUAUAAGUCAUUGGACAAAGGCUUCUGUAGGGUAAGUUUUGUUAAGAGCCGCAAUGCUCGGUCUGAACAUAAACCGUACUGCGAGCGAUAGUGUGUUGAAACCUUAUCUUUCAUAUCGGCGAGUAAUAAGAAAACAAAGUUUAAUUGAUACACGCCUUUUAUAGGGUUAGUGUUCCCACAUGGUCAUAUUUCCAUGUUACAGCGCUUGUUUACGGAAAACAGAUGGAAGACGAAGUGGGCUAUCUGUGCGAAUUAGCUAUCUGUGUCUCCGAACACCUGUAAACGGAAGAACGAUGCCACAAAGUUGUCACUGAAAAAUACUGGUGGCUGCAAAUGUGUUAAAGCGGGUUAAAACAGUCAGGGUGUAUUUUGGAUUUGUGAAAAUAUUUUGACAUGAUAUGAAAAUGGAGGGAUUUAUGUUUCUAGAACUGGACCAUAAUUGAGAAUCAAUUUAGAUGGAGUAUUUGGCUGUUUUGACUUCCAGAGCCAAUUCCCCCUUUAAACAGAAUAUGUUUGUGCAUGUGUGAUUGUGUCCUCCUUUGUGAGUUGUUCCCCAAAAUCCCCUAACCUCCCAUACAAGGUCCUAGCCAUGUUUUCUGCACUGCAUAGCACAGUGUUUCCCAAUCCAGCAUAAUAGGUACAUGAUAGUGUUAACUUGGCUAAGAUCAAGUGUAGGGUUGGGAUCAAGUUUUGGUUUCCCAAAAUCCAAUUUCGAGGAUCCCGGAACCAGGAGGGAAUAAGCAGGAAAUGCAGAAUCCUCCAACCAGGAUUUUUAGAAAACCAGGGAAUUUAUUGAACGUUGCCAGAAUUUUGCAACCCUAACCAAGUGUAGUAUCUGUUCUUAUCAGUUUAUCUAAUACAUCCCCUGUCGGGGGAUUACUUAUUAAAUGUGGUUUUCAAAUGGGGAGUGGGAAAUGGGAGUUGCUCCACUUAUUUAUUUAACUGGGCAAGUCAGUUAAGAUCAAAUUCUUAUUUACAAUGACGGCCUAGGAACAGUGGGUUAACUGCCUUGUUCAGCAUCUACCCGGUAUUGAAGUACCCCCGGGAAUGGUGCACCACUUUUCAGGGGGUUGCCAGGUCAAAUCUCUGGUCUGAAGUGAGCUGGCAACUGGAGGGUUGCUGCUGGUAUCAAGUCCUAAAUGCCAUUGCCAGCUGUUGUGCCCUUGAGAAAGGCACUUAACCCCCCAAAACAACUGCUCCACAGGUGCCCAGUGUGGCAGCCCCCUCUUCCAACCUCUCCUAUCCUGUAGAGGUAUGUGUAUCUUUUGGACGGGUUGAGAUAAAGUGGAAGUCACAGUUCGGGUUGGACCUUGUGAUCUUAAAAGGAAAAAUGUCUUGGUUGGAUCUGUUAGGACUGGCUCUUCGGCUUUUGACUGUGAGAUCAGAGGUUAGUAUACUCAGUGUAUGUUGACUAUAAGAAAGGAAUUGAAGUAUUACUUCACACCUGAACCUGAUGGUCUACAGAAGACAUCCCAUCAUGUUACUCUAUGAAGAGUGAGCAUAGACUGAAGGUCAGUUUAUUCCCCAGUCUCUGUCACCCAGUCCCAUUCAUUCAUAGUUACAGAAAAGAGCAGCCCUCUAGGUCCAGGUUGUGUGUUUGGGUGAUCUGGUUUGACUCACAUCUGAGCUACAGACAACUGCUACAGACAACUGUAGCCUACCCAGUAUGUGUGUUGAGAGCCCAUGUCAGCAGCUGGCAAUAUGCAUUGCACAAUCCAAACAGAGGUCAGAUGGAGGUGAGAACAGACCUACGCACACCUGACUGGAAUGUAUAGGCUUCAGUAGAACACUCAUUGUUGCAAAAUGUCCCUAUUUCUGUGUUUUUGUUUUGCAUUAUAGGGGCAACUGUAAAGGAAUAUUCCAAUGCUAAUUUUUACAUUAAUACUGCCAAUAAGUGGAAUGUUUAUGUUACUGUAUUUCCCUUUAGUUAUUUCAACAUUCACAGUCUGGCCUGUCUCUUGCCCUCUGGCUGUUCAGGAAUGUGUACACUAGAUAUAUUUCAAUGGGGGAUCUGAAUAAACAAGCACCUCCCCACCACAGCGUUGCAACACACACACACACACACACUUGCGCACAGCUGAGAGACAUUAGGCAGAGUUUAGGCCCACUCCUCAUGAGUACAAGCCCUCUGCUGCUCUGCCAUAAAUGAGGUGAGGGAGGACAACGGGGAACUGUUAGAAAAGCUCUGGAAAGAUCUCAUAACUCCAGCACAAGGACCAGACGGCGUGCUCUCUUUAUUUGCAACUCUUUUUGAUGGAUUAUGUCAGUUAAAGAAGAAAGAGAAUUGAAAGAGUUUUGGCUUCAAGUUGGAAUUUCUUAAUACGCCAAACAAAAGAGUUUAGGAAAAGUUCACUUUGUCACAGGCACAGAUAAUUGUCUUUAACCAGAAAUGCUCCCUAUGUAAUUUAUAUUUUAAAAUGAAGCAAGUAUAAUAUUUACUCUUAACUUUUUGUCUUCUUAAUUGAUUAAACAAUGAGAGACUUUCCAGGCAGAGAGUUGGUACUUCCAUCUGCGCCCAUCUUAAGAGCAGGCACAAAGACACCCAGAAAGCAGGUUUUGGUUUAAUGGUCACAUAGGCUAUGCAGUGAGGUAUAGUAUAGCCAGAAGCAGCAGGUUGGGUUCGAUCGUAGGAAUCUUAGGGGAGAGCAUACAGAAGAAAGGUUUUACUGAGACUCCCCCUCGUCUCCGGCAGUAUAAUUUAAAUUUAAACUAUGUCCAUAUCUCUAAGAACUGUAUUGCCUUGCCGAGCCUUUUGGAAAGCCAUUACUCUGCUAUUGGUUCACCCAUUUAGCAGAUUUAGUUUAUUUUUAGGCUAUUCUCAGUGCUAUUCUCUUGCAAUGUUACACAACCAUUUUCUUGUAUUUUUUUCCGGAUGAAAAAGACUGCCUCAUUUGUCCUUUAACACUGUUUUAUUAGCUCUGCUGUCAUAAAGCCCCACAUACUUUCCCUACCUUGGUCAUCAUGACAGCAAGGCCAGUUGUCCAUGCACCUGGGUGAGAUGUGAGCUAAUACACAUGGAUUGUGUAUUAAAUCUUCAUCUGUGACAGUAAGAACUUCUGACCGCAGAACAACCCCAGUUAGACCCAAACCAGCCAGUGACUGCCAUCUAGUGGAGUUGACAGUCAGGAAAUCUGAGACUGAGCAAGAUGAAUUCCAAAGGAGAAGGCCUUGUUUUCCAGAUUUGUGGAGAUACGGUGUUUUCCUUUUUAUGGAAAUUGUUUCAAUGAAAUGUAGUUGAUUGUAAUCUUUCCACUGAUGUGUUGUCCUUAACCUCUUUUGUGUGUCCACACUGAGGUGUAAAUGUAUGGGCAUCAGAGAGCCCAGUAUGAAGAAGACAGGCAGGCCGGUGGGGACUAAGGCUCAGAGUGGAGAGAGGGGGAAGACUGAAGGCACUGCUACAGGAACCACCGGCAAGGCUGCAGCCAAGACCACCACAACAGCACCACUGUCAAAGGUUAAAAGCAAUGAUGAUCUGCUAGCAGCAAUGGCAGGGGGAACUCCAGCUACGAACCGCACUGUGACCAAGAAUAAGAGGACUGCCUCCACAGGGAACAGCAAUGGUAACCCAGACAGUAAACCAAAGACUAGCACAGGUUCCUCAGCCAAACGUGUGACGUCCUCGACCUCCAAGGAGCCCAACUCAUCAAGGGAUCGUCUGCGGACAUCCAGAACAUCGCCUAGUAAGAAGCAGUCAUCAGGGGCAGGGCAGGGAGAUGUGGCCCAGGGAAAGCGCUCUCGCAGCCAGCAGCUAGCAGAGUCAGAGGGCCGCAUGAACAAGUCUAAAUCAGACAGCCAGAUCAGUGACAAGGUGGCCCUGGAGGCCAAGGUGGAGGACCUGCUGGGUUUGGCCAAGAGCAAAGACGUGGAGAUCCUGCACCUACGCAGUGAGCUGAGAGAUAUGAGGGCUCAGCUGGGCCUGGGACGGGAAGAGGUGCCCCCAGAGGAGGGAGAAGGCGGAAGGGGGGAUGAGAAGCCCCUGGAGAGGGAGGUGUCGGCCAUCACAGCAGCAGACGUGGAGUCCACGCUGCUACUCCUGCAGGAGCAGAACCAUGCCAUCCGUGAGGAACUGAACCUGUUGAAGAGUGAGAACCGCAUGCUGAAGGACCGACUCAAUGCGCUUGGCUUCUCCCUGGAGCAGAGGCUGGAUGGCUCUGACAAGCUCUUUAACUACGCCUCCCUGAGCCCAGACCUGGCUGCCAGCAGCAGACACAGCGAUGGCAGGUGCACUGGUACCCUCACUUCCUCUGUGGAGGGCUCUGCUCCGGGCUCUCUGGAGGACCUGCUGACGGACCAACAGCACGGCGGUUCAUUGGACAACUUGGACAGUGAGUCCAGCGAGGUCUACCAGGGUGUCACAUCCAGCGACGAUGCCCUGGACGCCCCCUCCGGAGCCUCCUCCUCCUCUGAGUCUGAGAGCCUGCCCAGCCGAGAACGCUCAUGCCGGGGCAGCAGCGGCAACGCCAGCGAGGUGUCUUUGGCCUGCCUGACAGAGCGAAUCCACCAAAUGGAGGAGAACCAGCACAGCACGGCCGAGGAGCUGCAGGCCACACUACAGGAGCUGGCUGACCUGCAGCAGAUCACCCAGGAGCUGAAUGGAGAGAACGAGAGGCUAGGGGAAGAGAAGGUAAUCCUCAUGGACUCUCUGUGUCAGCAGAGCGACAAGCUGGAGCACUACGGCCGGCAGAUUGAGUACUUCCACUCUCUGCUGGACGAUCACCACGUGUCCUACGUCCUGGAGGAGGACAUCAAGAGCGGCCGCUACAUGGAGCUGGAGCAGCGCUACGUGGACCUGGCCGACAACACCCGCUUCGACAGGGAGCAGCUACUGGGGGUGCAGCAGCACCUCAGCAACACACUGAAGAUGGCUGAGCAGGACAACGCCGAGGCCCAGGAGUUGAUCGGCGCUCUGAAGGAGAGAAACCACCACAUGGAGCGCAUCAUGGAGUCAGAGAGGCAGGACCGGGGGGCCAUGGUGGCAGCGCUGGAGGAGUACAAGGCGGCGGUGAGCAGUGACCAGGUAGAGCUGAGCCGCUGCAGGGCCCAGCUGGACCAGGAGAGGCAGAAGGUGGCUGAGCUCUACUCCAUCCACAACUCUGGAGACAAGAGUGACAUCUGCCAGCUACUGGAGGGUGUUCGGCUGGACAAGGAGGAGGCAGAGGGCAGGGCUGCCAAACUGCAGGAAGACCUUGGCCACGCCUGCAGUGAUGUCACCAGGUUGCAGGACACCCUCAAUAAGCUGGAUGGGGAGUACCAGGACUUCCAGGAACAGGUACAGAAGCAGAUGGCUGAGCAGAAGCGUGGGCUGGAGAAACAGCGCGGUGAGCUGCUGGAGAAGGAGACUGAGAUCGGGGACAUGAAGGAGACUAUAUUUGAGCUGGAGGAUGAGGUGGAGCAGCACCGGGCAGUCAAACUCCACGACAACCUCGUCAUCACAGACCUGGAGAACUCUGUGAAAAAACUACAGGACCAGAAGCAUGACAUGGAGCGGGAGAUGAAGAUCCUCCACCGGAGGCUGAGGGAAGAGUCGGCAGAGUGGCGUCAGUUCCAGGCUGAUCUGCAGACGGCCGUGGUCAUCGCUAAUGACAUCAAGUCGGAAGCACAGGAGGAGAUUGGGGAUAUGCGUCACCGUCUCCGCGAGGCCCAGGAGAAGAACGAGAAGCUGGGAAAGGAGCUGGAUGAAGUCAAGAACCGCAAGCAGGAUGAGGAGAGGGGCAGGGUGUAUAACUACAUGAAUGCAGUGGAGAGGGAUCUGGCUGCACUGAGGCAGGGUAUGGGACUGAGCCGUCGCUCCUCUACCUCCUCAGAGCCCUCUCCCACUGUCAAAACCCUCAUCAAGAGCUUCGACAAUGCCUCCUCACAAGGUACCCCAACCUGCGAGUGCCUAGUCCCCCCGACCGCUGCCCUUUCUGUCACAUUACCACGCACUCCCCUGAGUCCCAGCCCCAUGAAGACCCCUCCUGCAGCCGCCAUCACACCCAUGCAGAGACAGUCCAUAACUGGGUCCAUUUCAGCAGCCAAACCCCUCUCCUCUCUGAAUGACAAAAGGCCCAGCUACACAGACAUCAGCAUGCCAGAGCAUCAUCUUAGGGGCUCCUCUGCCAGCCGCCCUGCCUCUGCUCUGCAGAGGGUCUCAAACAUGGACUCAUCUAAGGCCAUGGCCAUAUCAGUGUCCCGCAGGAGCAGUGAGGAGAUGAAGAGGGACAUCUCUGCCCCUGAGGGUGGCACCUCGUCCUCUCUGAUGGCCAUGGGCUCUGCUUCCUCCCUGUCCUCCUCCUCUCCCACCGCCUCCGUCACCCCCACUGCACGCAGCCGCCUCCGAGAGGAGCGGAAGGACCCCCUCUCAGCGCUGGCCCGGGAGUAUGGGGGUUCCAAAAGGAACGCACUGCUCAAGUGGUGCCAGAAGAAGACUGAGGGGUACCAGAACAUCGACAUAACAAACUUCAGCAGCAGCUGGAACGACGGCCUUGCGUUCUGUGCUGUGCUACACACCUACCUGCCUGCUCACAUCCCCUACCAGGAGCUCACGAGCCAGGACAAGGCAAGCCUACCUCCUACUAUGGUGCUGAGGCGAAAUUUCACACUAGCCUUCCAGGCUGCAGAGAGUGUGGGGAUCAAGUCCACUCUGGAUCUCAAUGAGAUGGCCAGUACUGAGAGACCAGACUGGCAGAGUGUGAUGACCUACGUCACGGCUAUCUACAAGUACUUUGAGACCUGAUGUGAUUUCCCCACCCAACACUGCAAGCACAACCUGCAGCCCUGCUCGGAAGCUCCUCUGACCUCACUGCACCUCCAACACUUCAACUCGACAUUCAACUCUGGUGUUAUAGCUCACUUCACUGAACCACCCUUCAUCCCAGCCGUGCCACACUCCGGCCACUGUCUCUGGUCUAGAGGCCUGCUAGUUUUGAAUCGCCAUAAGAAACAUACAAAUAAGCUCACUGCAAGCUAUUCAUAAUAUUGCUAUUGUGAACAGUCUUGCCCUUUUCACUGACACCUUAAGUGUGAUGGACACAGCUUAAGGCCACUUCAAGCACCUAUUCAGGGCCUGCUCUGUUGGGGAUUCUAUUUUUACUCUGAUCCGUUACUGGAUAACCCGGUUGAGAUUACCCUUAAUCCAAAUGAUCUGGUUAAACCAGUUGGAGAACAUGCUACAGACUAUCCCAGUCGUUGUGCCUUGCACCCAGCCUUUACUCUUCUAGCCAAGGGGUUAUCCAAAAUGUUUCAGCCAAACCAUACCCAUUGUGUGUAGUAUGUUCAUGGCACUUAUUUUCUGUGGAAAUAAGAGGGACAAAUGGAACACUUUGUCAGGUGCAGGUUCAUCUUUUGUCAUGGAUUAAGUGCCUGUUUAAAUCGCAUCACUGACUUCCUAAGAGCGGUUGUAGCAAAAAUGUCUCAAAUGAAACUGUUUCAAUGCUCCAUGCUUUCAAAGCAUCUUUGGAGAAAUCGAAGUGAAGCUUUUUAGAAACGCUAGUUAUUGAGCAGUUGUAUGAAAAACACUAGUUAUUGAGCAGUUGUAUGAAAAACACUAGUUAUUGAGCAGUUGUAUGAAAAACACUAGUUAUUGAGCAGUUGUAUGAAAAACACUAGUUAUUGAGCAGUUGUAUGAAAAACACUAGCUACAUCAUAAGGGAUAAAGCUGUCAGGUGCUCUCACGAUCACCUGUUAGAUUCAAGCUACAAUGUUGAUGUGCUUUUGGUCUGUUUUUAGGAGCGUGAACAUUGCUACAGUAACAUUUUGUAUUGGUAACAGAGACCAAUGAACUUUACGGGACCAACACAAUGCCUCUCCGUGACAGCUUUCUCACAUAGAACUGUCUUAAUCCUGAACCAAAAAAAGGAAUGUGUUUUUUCUUUAUGUGAAGUCCAGGGCUAGACUUGGCAAAAGCCCUGGUUCUUGGUGAUUUGAUUGGACUGUUUGGACAGGAUGUUGAGUCUCAAGGUUGAACAUUCUUCAUAGUCACUUUUGUUGUUGUCAUCAAUCAAGAUUGGGAAAGUUUUUCAACUGCAAAAUGCAUCAGUUUUGCUGCUGGAGCCAAAUGUAUUAACAUAUUGUUAGUGUUGACCCAUUACUUCCACCAACAGCAGACUGACUUGCAUUCCAUACAUUGAACUCCCUGGAUUGUUCACAGUCCAGUGCUCUUGAACUAUAAGAUUGAUGUGUUAUUAGAUACUCUGAGCUCAACUCACAAUGGAUUUAACUAAUCAUGUGUGUGUGUGUGUGUGUGUGUGUGUGUGUGUGUGUGUGUGUGUGUGUGUAAACAAACUUUUUGUAAGUUGAUAUAUUCCAUCUUGCCAGUAACAUUUACCUAGCCUACAAAGUAAUUUGUACAGCAAAUUAUAGCUACAAGAAAUGCUUAAGUAACACCUAUGUAAAUUAUAUAUCUGCGCUAUCUUCACCAAAUUUACUUAAUUGAUAUAAAGCCUUACUAACAUUAAUGUGGUACUCAAUUCUACGUAGUUUGCAAGAAAGAUAUUGGAAUGACUGUCAUGUUAUUGUGCCUCUGCUUAUUAGUUUCUGUGGGUUUAUUAGUGUGGUUUAAUCCACCAUCCAGUAUAGCGAGGCAAGUGUUAGAAAUGUUAAAGGACAUUAUAUAUACAAAAGUAUGUGGAUACCCCUUCAAAUGAGUGGAUUCGGCUAUUUCGGCCACACCCGUUGCUGGCAGGUGUAUGGAAUCGAGCACACAGCCAUGCAAUCUCCAUAGACAAACAUUGGCAGGAGAAUGGCCUUGCUAAAGAGUUCAGUAACUUUCAACCUGGCACUGUCAUAGGAUGCCACCUUUCCAACCAGUCAGUUUGUCAAAUUUCUGCCCUGCUAUAACUGCCCCGGUCAACUUUAUUGUUUUUUUUAUUGUGAAGUGGAAACGUCUAUGAGAAACAACAGCUCAGCCGCAAAGUGGUAGGCCACACAUGUUCACAGAACGGGACCGGAGUUGGCUCACAGACGUUGGCUGGAGUGGUGUAAAGCUUGUCGCCAUUGCACUCUGGAUCAGUGGAAACGCGUUCUCUGGAGUGAUGAAUCACACUUCACCAUCUGGCAGUGCGACAGACAAAUGUGGGUUUGGCGGCUGCCAGGAGAACGCUACCUGCCUGAAUGCAUAGUGCCAACUGUAAAGUUUGGUGGAGGAGGAAUAAAGAUCUGGGUCUUCAGGCUGCUUCCAGUUAAGGGAAAUCUUAACACUACAGCAUACUGACAUUUUAGACAAUUCUGUGCUUCCAACUUUGUGGCAACAGUUUGGGGAAGGCCCUUUCCUGUUUCAGCAUGACAAUGCCCCUGUGCACAAAGCAAGAAAUAUCUAGAAAUGGUUUGCACAGAGCCCUGACCUCAACUUCAUAAAACACCUUUGGGAUGAAUUGGAACGCCGACUGCAAGCCAGAUCCAAUCGCCCAACAUCAGUGCCCGACCUCAGUAAUGCUUUUGUGGCUGAAUGGAAGCAAGUUCCCACAACAUCUAGUGGAAAGCCUUCCCAGAAGAGUGGAGGCUGUUAUAGCAGCAAAGGGGGGACCAACUCCAUAUUAUUGUCCAUGAUUUUGUAAUAAGAUGUUUGACGAGCAGGUGUCCACAUACACUACAUAACCAAAAGGUAUGUGACCAAUCUAUGACUUCAUCACACUGCUGCACUGAUAUCUCUCAUAAGCUCAUAACAUAAGCUGGCUUGUUGCCUUUCUUUUUGUUUCCAACCACACUACUGUAUAAUUUCAGAAUGGUACAGGAAGCUGUGGAUACUCCCUCGUUGCUGUACCACCUUAGUUUAGGCCCCCAUACAUCUACGAUAUAAAACACUUGCAUGUGGCGAUGAAACUUUUGAGGGACUUUAAAAAAUAAAAAUUAUAUAUAUUUUUAAAAUAUAUUUGAAAGCACAUUAACUCCGGUCUGCUUGCCAGGCACUGCAGGUGAUUGAAGCACUCACUGACCAAGCACAACAAGGAGCAUGGGUGGUCGUUUUUUAUUUUUGUCGAUCAGUGUGGUUGGAGAGUAAGACUGUGGUUUAAGUUGUAGGGAGGGAUUGUAUGGAUGAACACCAAUUUGUUAGAGCGCAUGAGCUGUGAUUUUGUUAUGUACAGUAUUUACUGUUGAACAUUGCAUAGUAUGUUACCUCUAAAUCUCAUGUAUUUAUAUUUCCCAUUGCCAUUACUGCAAACCUGUGGCUAAAAUCUGACUUUCAUUGGAUCCAAACAGUAGUUGGUUUGCUAUGAUUCUAUUAUGUGAAGCUCCUCUGCUACUUCUUGCCAAGUACACAAUGUAAUAAUAAUUGAGUGGGUAUGCUUAUUUGUCCUAUUUCACACAUGUACAAGUGUGUAUUAUACGCAUGUGAAUUUGAAAUGUUUUUUUGCAUAUCCCUAAGGCACCCUCGGAAUGUCUCUUGAUCGUCUUCCAAUGUACAAAGUAUUCAUACCCCUUGACUUAUUCCACUUUUUGUUGUUACAGUCUGAAUUCCAAAUGGUUAACUACACUUUUUUGAUCACAUCUACUGCACACAAUAUCCCAUAAUGACAACGUGACGGCAUGUUUUUAGAGAUUUUUGCAAAUGUAUUAAAUUAAAUACUGAAAUAUCUAAUGUUUUCACACCCCUGAGUCAUUACUUUGUAGUAGCACCUUUUGUUAGUGAUUACAGCUGUGAGUCUUUGUGGGUAAGUCUCUAAUAGCUUUCCACACCUGGAUUGUGCAACAUUUGCCCAUUUUAUUAUUUUCUAAAUUAUUCAAGCUCUGUCAAAUUGGUUGUUGAUCAUUGCUAGAGAACCCUUUUCAGGUAUUGGCGUAGAUUUAAAUAAACUUACUCGGCCACUCAGGAACAUUCACUGUCUUCUUGGUAAGCAACUCCAGUGUAUAUUUGGCCUUGUGUUUUAGGUUAUUGUCCUGCUGUAAGGUGAAUUCAUCUGUGUCUGGUGGAAAUCAGGUUUUCCUCAGAUUUUUCUGUACUAAGCUCAAUUCUGUUUCUUUGUUACCCUGAAACUCCCUAGUCCCUAACGAUUACAAGCAUACCCAUAACAUGUUGCAGCAACUACUAUGCUUGAAAAUAUGAAGUGGUACUCUAAUUUGUUGUAUUGGAUUUACCCCAAACGUAACACUUUCUUUUUUUUUUUUUUGCCGUUUUACUUUAGUGCCUUGUUGCAAACAGGAUGCAUGUUUUUGAAUGUUGUAUUCUGUACAGGCUUCCUUCUUUUCACUCUGUCAAUUAGGUUAGUAUUUUGUAGUAACUACAAUCUCAGUUUUCUCUUAUCACAGCCAAUAAACUCCAUGCAACCUAUUAUGUGACUUGUUAAGCACAUUUUUACUCCUGGACUUAUUUAGGCCAUAACAAAAGGGUUGAAUACUUAUUGCCUCCGUUUUAGCUUUUCAUUUUUAAUUAUUUUGUAAAUUGCACGAUUCCACUUUGACAUUAUGGUGUUGUGGGUAGGCCUGUGACACACAUCUCAAUUUAAUCCAUUUUAAAUGCAGGCUAUAACAGCAAUGUGGAGAAAGUCAAGGGGUGUGAAUACUUUCUGAAGCCACUGUAUAUGUUGUAAUUUAUGAGGACUGAAACCUUUCCCUAACAUUAUAGAUAAUACAAUGUCAAAAUAUCAGACGAUCAUCUUGACCACUGAAGAACAUACAGUUGAAGUCUGAAGUUUACAUACAUUUUAGGUUGGAGUCAUUAACUUGUUUUUCAACCACUCCACAAAUUUCUUGUUAAACUAUAGUUUUGACAAGUUGGUUAGGAUAUCUAGUUUGUGCAUGACACAAGUCAUUUUUCUAACAAUUAUUUCACUUACAAUUCACUGUACCACAAUUCCAGUGGGUCAGAAGUUUACAUACUAAGUUGACUGUGCCUUUAAACAGCUUGGAAAAUUCCAGAAAAUUGUCAUGGCUUUAGAAGCUUCUGAUAGGCUAAUUUACAUAAUUUGAGGCAAUUUGGAGGUGUACCUGUGGAUGUAUUUCAAGGCCUACCUUCAAACUCUGUACCUGUUUGCUUGACAUCAUGGGGAAAUCAAAAGAAAUCAGCCAAGACCUCAGGAAAAAGAAAUUGUAGACCUCCACAAGUCUGGUUCAUCCUUGGGAGCAAUUUCCAAACGCCUGAAGGUACCACAUUCAUCUGUACAAACAAUAGUACGCAAGUAUAAACACCAUGUUACCACGCAGCCAUCAUACUGCUCAGGAAGGAGAUGUGUUUUGUCUCCUAGAGAUGAACGUACUUUGGUGUGAAAAGUGCAAAUCAAUCCCAGAACAGCAAAGGACCUUGUGAAGAUGCUGGAGGAAACGGGUACAAAAGUAUCUAUAUCCACAGUAAAAUGAGUCCUAUAUCGACAUAACUUGAAAGGCCGCUCAGCAAGGAAGAAGCCACUGCUCCAAAACCGCCAUAAUAAAGCCAGACUACAGUUUGCUACUGCACAUGGGGACAAAGAUCAUACUUUUUGGAGAAAUGUCCUUUUGUCUGAUGAAACAAAAAUAGAACUGUUUGGCCAUAAUGACCAUUGUUAUGUUUGGAGGGAAAAGGGGGAGGCUUGCAAGCCAAAGAACACCAUCUCAACUGUGAAGAACGGGGGUGGCAUCAUCAUGUUGUGGGGUUGCUUUGCUGCAGGAGGAACUGGUGCACUUCACAAAAUAGAUGGAGUCAUGAGGAAGGAAAAUGAUGUGGAUAUAUUGAAGCAGCAUCUCAAGACAUCAGUCAGGAAGUUAAAGCUUGGUUGCAAAUGGGUCUUCCAAAUGGACAAUGACCCCAAGCAUACUUGCAAAGUUGUGGCAAAAUGGCUUAAGGACAACAAAGUCAAGAUAUUGGUGUGGCCAUCACAACGCACUGACAUCAAUCCUAUAGAAAAUUUGUGGGCAGAACUGAAAAAGCGAGUGCGAGCAAGGAGGCCUACAAACCUGACUCGGUUUGUUAUAAAAAAUAUAUUUCACCCUUUAUUUAACCAGGUAGGCUAGUUGAGAACAAGUUCUCAUUUACAACUGCGACCUGGCCAAGAUAAAGCAAUGCAGUGUGACACAGAGUUACACAUGGAAUAAACAAGCGUACAGUCAAUGACACAAUAGAAAAAAAGAAAGUCUAUAUACAGUGUGCAAAUGGCAUGAGGAGGUAAGGAAAUAAAUAGGCCAUAGUAGCGAAGUAAUUACAAUUGAGCAAAUUAACACUGGAGUGAUCGAUGUGCAAGUAGAAAUACUGGUGUGCAAAAGAGCAGAAAAGUGUUUGACCCAAGUUAAACUAUUUAAAGGCAAUGUUACCAAACACUCAAUUAGUAUAUGUAAACUUCUGACCCACUGGGAAUGUGAUGAGAGAAAUAAAAGCUGAAAUAAAUCAUUCUCUCUACUAUUAUUCUGACAUUUCACAUUCUUAAAAUAAAGUGGUAAUCCUAACUGACCUAAAACAGGGAUUUUUUACUCGGAUUAAACUUCAGGAAUUAAGAAAAACUGAGUUUAAAUGUAUUUGGCUAAGGUGUAUGUAAACUUCCGACUUCAACUGUAGCUCGUGCUUGAGUUCAUUCAAUAAGUUGCACAUUUUCCGUGGCUUCUUUAGACUUUAUUUUGCUCAGCAUGUUCUUCUGCUUAUUUUUUUCACUACAUCACAACAAAUGUGAAAAGAACUUCAAGCAUGUUUUAUUUUGUUUUACGGGUCCAUUUGUUAUAAGUUCAUUUUGUUUACUUGAAAGGUUUUAAAUGUUUCUAAGCCUUUCUUUUCUUUCUUAUUAAUGGUGCUUUUUGCAUUCAAAUGAAUGUCAUUCUUGCCAGAGUUUUACUCGGUAAUAAAGAGUCCAAGAGA